UCUAUCAUGCCGUCAAAUCAAUGUCAAAAUAUCAAUCAAUGCCAAUGCCAUGUGGUAAAUUUAUCGACAUUUAUUUUUAAUUAAACUGAUUAAAACCUAUAUUUUCAAUCAAGAUGCAGCACGAUGAUGUUGUUUGGGCGAUUAUCAACAAAACGCAUUGCUCGCACAAAGUAACGACAAAAACUCAACACUUCUGCCGUAAUGAAUAUAACCUUACCGGUUUAUGCAGUAGGUCGUCAUGUCCGUUGGCAAACAGUAAAUAUGCUACUAUCAGAGAGGAGAAUGGUAUUAUUUAUUUGUAUAUGAAAACUGCUGAGAGAAUUAUGUUUCCAGCCAAGCAAUGGGAAAAAGUGAAACUGUCAAGAAAUUUUGAGAAAGCAAUUUACCAAAUCAAUGAAAAUUUACUCUACUGGCCAGCUUUCAUACAGUCAAAAUGUAAGCAGAGAUUUGUGAAAAUAACACAAUAUCUUAUACGAAUGAGAAAGCUUAAAUUAAGAAGAGUGAAAGAAUUAGUUCCAAUACAACGAAAGAUAGAAAGACGUGAAAGAAGGCGGGAAGAAAAAGCUCUUGUGGCUGCAAGAAUUGAUAAUGCUAUUGAGAAACAACUACUUGAAAGACUUAAGAAGGGAACAUAUAAUGAUAUCUACAACUUCCCCCAAAUGGCAUUUGAUGCUGCACUGAAAGCGGAAGAGAUUUCCGGCGAGAGUGAGAGUGAGAAAGAAGAUGAAGAUGAGCAAGAGAUGGAACUUGAACCAGAGUUAGAAAAGGAACUGGAGAAAGCAGUAGAGGAAACUGAUGAAUUUGUUGAAGCCAAUAGUGAUAUGGACAGUGAUGCUGAGAGUGAUUCUGGUAGAAAAGAAAAUGUCGAUGUUCAAAGUGACUUUGAAUCUGGCACUUCAGAUAUAGAGGAUAUGUCUGUGAAGAUGACGAGUAGAAAGAAGCCGAGAGUGGAAAUUGAAUAUGAGACGGAACCUAUAGCUAGUGUAUCUAGGAAGAAAAUAAAACAAUGAUGCUUUUAUUA